AUGGACAAAUGGCAGAAAGUGCAGACAGUGACUGCACUUGCUACUGCUGCCCUAGCUGAAGUGGCUGCACCCUAUGGAAUUGAGUCUUCUGAUGAGGUUCUAUGGCCACUGUGGCUCAGUAUUCACCAGCAUCACAGAAAGGGACUUGCUGCCUUCUUGAAGGCAAUUGGUUUCAUCAUUCCUCUCAUGGACCUAGAAUAUGCUUCGUACUACAUGAAGGAGGUCAUGGUCAUCUUGAUCCACAAAUUCCAGAUGUCAGAUGAAGAGAUGAAGAAGAUUGUCUUGAAGGUCAUUAAGCAAUGUGCUGCUGCCAAUGGUGUAACUGCUCAAUACAUUAAGCAGGAUGUUUUUCCAGACUUCUUCAAGUCAUUCUGGAUCACAGGGAGGAUCAUGAAUGAGUUGAAUGAUGAAGCAGAGCUGUACCAUAAAAUGGUCAUGGAGACUAUCACGAAAGUUGUCGCCACUCUUGGUGACUCUGAUAUUGACAAAUGUUUGGAGGUCUGUCUGGUCAAUGGCAUCACAUGCUCCUUCCAGGAGCAGACUAUGGAAGGCCAAGUCAUGCUGGACAGGUUCAGCACUGUUGUUGACGCUCUAGGUGUGACCUCUGCUCCAGCCUUCAGCACUCAGUGCCCAGCUGCUACACAGCUCCUUCUAAACCCCUGGCUUAUCCCAGAAAAUAUAUCUGACCUGAUGGGUCAAAAUCAAGAGUCGAAGAAGGCUCUGGUGGUGUUGCAGUCACCACAGAAGAAGUCGAGUUGGAAGAGGCAGACCCCUGCAGUCAACACCGGCACUGCUGCAGCCAUGUCUCUGAAGGACAUCAACCAGCUGAAAGAGCAGGGGAAGCAGACACACCUCAAGGCAGCAAGAAUGAGAACUGCCUAUGCUGCACAUGUCCACUGA